AUGACUGGCCCUAAGAGAGGGAUAGAUUUGUAUGGCACUGCUCUAGUCGAAUAUGACAUGAGGUGCAAGACGGCCUGUGGUGAUCUGCAGCUGAUCGAUGGUAUAUCAGCCAUAGACGACCUGUGGGGCACAUGGAAUCGUGCAUUCACGAAACGCAUAUAUGGGGAUUGUGGCUCAGUUGACAUAACUGUAUCACGUAUUGAUGAUGCAGUCCAGGCGACCAUAGAAGUUGUCAUAUCAGAAGUGCAAAGCAGUUUCAAUUUGUGUCUCGCUUGUUUUAUAGGUGGGUACAACGAUGAAGAAAUCCGGCUCUUCAAUGGUGCCAUUCAUGAGUCACGUGGCUUAAAGAGGUCGGUGGUUGCUGCAGUAGAUGGUUCCACUAUGAAUUUGAAGUUGAAGGUAGCCUCGGAGUCAUCCAGUACAGAUGAACACUGUUGUUCCUUCAAGGCGGACACGCAUGGGUUUGCUACUGAAGAGAUAAAGACUAAUUUUGGGUUGAUCUCGGUGAAGGUGAAUUGGUCGACUCUGCUUUCCUCAUAG